CUUCUAUUCACAUUCAUCCUCCCACCUGACGUCACCAUGGUAGACCCUCAAACUCUCUCUUACGAGGAGAGGAAGGUCGCCGCGCGACGUAAGAUGGCGGAGAAGCUGUUCGAGCAGAAGGCACGUCAGAUGGAGAAGGAAAGAUUGGAGAAAGAGCAGACCAAGAUAAAGGCCUCAGCGACGGCUUUGCUUCCUCAGGUUGUCUCGCCUCCUCAGACUGCUGUCUCGUCUCCUCAGAUGAUCAUCUCGCCAUCUUCAAUGUCAGCGUCAGCGUCACCAUUAGCGUCACCAGGGUUAGGAGCGUUGGAAGUCCACAGACCAGUUAUUGGGGUUUCUCUCAGACCUUUGGUACCAGAACAACAACAGCAGCAAUCGAAGAAGAGGAACCGGAGUCUUAGCCCAAGAGAGAACGAGCGGCUGCUUCGCCCACAUGCGCCUGCGCCCCCGUCCGUUUUCAAAAGAGAACCCGAAAUUCCUCCAUCAGACAUCACUCAUAAUGAGAGACGGCCGUUUUGGCCUCAACGCACAGUUGCUACACAGCAGCGUUGUGAGCUCGGUGAUCGUCGACCCCAGCCCCAGGCAAGGCUCACGCAACACGAGCGCCGGCAUUCAACUACUGUCAGCUCUCCGGUUAUUCCUGGCCCCUCCCAGCCUUCCGCAAGGGGAUGCGCCAGCCAGCCUGCAGCCACCCAGGAAAUGCCUAAGUGGUACACUAAAAUCAGUUUCAGAACCAUGCAAACCGCUGGAACCGGUCGAAAUGUAGACGCGCGACUGGAACAAAUCAAGAGCCUUAUUCAACAGUGCAAAGACCGUGAGAUAUCUUUCAAACAGCAGAAAGAUCUGUUUGACAAGAUCCGCGAGGAGCUUCACUUCCUCGCGUUCUUCCAGGUCAAUGAAAUUGCACUACGUCGGAAGCAGAUGCUUCAUCCCAACACUGGCCUUCGCCAGUUGUUCGAAGGAUCCGAAAGCGAUAGUAUCGGAUUUCCAUGGGACAUACAGGCUGAUGCCACUGAACUUUACACCCGCUGGGCGAACCGGAUCUUCUCUGUGGACCUGCUAAGGGGCAUUGUGAAGAGACCCUCCUCAAAAAACAGCCGAAUUUCCGAUAAAAUCGAUCCAGCAUACCCUGGCAAAGCUUCGGCAAACUACUACGGUGAAGGUGACCUCGUCAAUGGCCAAUGGUGGCCGACUCAGCUCACUACCGUCCGCGACGGCGCACACGGGUCGACUCAAGGAGGUAUCUACGCUAACAAAGAUCAGCCAGCGUAUUCCAUCAUCCUUUCCGGUGGAACGCACUACAAGGAUAGAGACGAGGGUACUGAGAUCUGGUACUCAGGUACCGAUGGCAAAGAAGGGAAGAUGUCAGAAAACACACUUAGCAUGACCCUCAACGUCAGCCAGAAGAAGCCGGUGCGUGUCAUCAGGUCACACAACAUGGGGAUGGGCAAAAGCAACUACCGUCCGGAGCGCGGAUUCCGCUAUGACGGUCUCUACGACGUGAUUGGAUAUGAUUUGUUGGACAAGUCCAACAUGGCCUGCCUAUUCUACUUGAAAAGACAGGAUGGACAGAUGCCGAUACGCUACAGAGGCAUUGAGGGGCGUCCGACUCGCCAUGAAAUCUUCGAAUACGACAAAAUCAUAGACAUUCUGGAAGAUGAGACGGGUCUCGGCUAGGGUGGCACGGUGGGACCAGGCGGUAAUUUUUGGGCGGGUUCUCUUUUCGGACUUCUGUUCUUGUCUGCUAUUUCUUAGUUACUUAGCGACUGCUAGGAGUAAGUCCUGGCAAGCAUCAGGGCACGACGCCUCAGACUUUGACUAGGGGGAACGGGACAUGGUUGUUUCUGGUUGAGGGACAGGGUGGUGGUGUACGGAC